CUAGUGGUGGGCGGGGUCUGAGGCCGCGAGUCCAGCUCUGGCUCAGGGUCCGGAGUGGCCGCCGCGGAGCGAGGCUGCCUGCCCGGAACGCCCGGGCGCAGAAGGGUUAACGGGCCGCCGGGGCCGCGCGGAGCAGCGUGAGGGGACUGGGGCUCUUGGAGAUAUGUAAGCAGAAGUUCUUGGGCCAGUUCAGCCUGAUGACUAGCAAGGACACCUGUUGACAUUCCCCUUCCCCCAGGACCCAGAGUGAGGGCGAGAACUGUGCUUGCCUGUGCCCACACACGCUGUCCAGCCUCCUCCCCAUUUCCCAGAGUGUGCUCCCCUCUGUGCUCAGAUGUUUCUCAUGCCGGAGUAGCUUGCUUCUGUCUGGGCCCCUCCUCCCUGGGGCCACCAAGGGAGGAGCAUGGAGAAGAAAAGGGCAGCCAGGCUACACAUCUGUCUGGUGCUGUUUCUGUCCCUCCCUCAGCUCUGCCUGGACCAGGAGGUAUUGUCUGGACACUCUCUUCAGACCCCUCCUGAGGAGGCCCAGGGCACUGAAGGCAUUUGGGGGCCUUGGGACCAAUGGGCCUCUUGCUCCCAGCCCUGUGGGGUGGGGGUGCAGCGCAGGCACCGUGCCUGUCAGCUCCCCACAGCUCACUCCCACCAGGGCUUGCCCCUCCCUCCCCGGCCACCAAGACAUCCAGAAGCUCUGGGCCCCAGGCCCCAGACUGCCCGAGAAAUUCUACCCCUGCACAGACCACUGCCUCGGGGAAGAGGUGGCCCAGCUUCUCAGUCAGGAAGAGAGGAACUCCAGGAGACUCCAGGAGCCAGGAGGUCCCGGCUUCGAGAUCCCAUCAAGCCAGGCAUGUUUGGUUAUGGCAGAGUGCCCUUUGCUAUGCCACUUCAUCGGAACCGCAGGCACUCAGAGAGGCCACCCAGAUCUGCUCAUCUCCAGACCUCAGACCCUCCAUCCCUGACAUCCUCUGUGAACUACAGCCCUCAAACUCAGCAACUGCCUACAGAACUACCCAUGAGGAAAGCCCCAAGCCCCAAAGCUGAUGGCACAGAGGUGCCUUCCAGAACUGGGCCUGCCCCCAAAAGGCCUCACUCCAGAGUCCAGGCCUCUGGCACAGAACCUCCCUGGGCCACCCCCUUCCCAGGAGAAAAUAGUUCCUUCCAUGCAUUCCUUCAGCCAAGGAUGCCAAGUCCCCAGCUCAGGACCAGUCCCCAUCUGGCAGAUAAACCCCCUAGUCUCUUCCUUCCCACCCCUCGGAGAAGAGGCCGAGGCCAGCAGAGCCAGGAGCAUCGAAGACCUGGCUACCGGCCUCCUAUGCAAUCUGCUCCCCCUCUAGCCAGCUGGUUGCCUCUUCUUAGCACCAACCCCCAGGCCCCUUCCCGCUGGAGUCUCUUUGCUCCCAGUAGCCUGGUCCCAAAGUGCUCCGGGGAGAUGGAGCAGCUAAGAGCCUGCAGCCAAGCGCCCUGCCCUCCUGAACAGCCAGACCCCCGUGCCCUGCAGUGUGCAGCCUUUAACUCCCAAGAGUUCAUGGGCCAGCUGUACCAGUGGGAGCCCUUCACAGAAGUCCAGGGCUCCCAACGCUGUGAACUCAACUGUCGCCCCCGUGGCUUCCGCUUCUAUGUUCGUCACACUGAAAAGGUCCAGGAUGGGACCUUGUGUCAGCCUGGAGCCCUGGACAUCUGUGUGGCUGGCCGGUGUCUGAGCCCUGGCUGUGAUGGAAUCCUGGGCUCGGGCAGGCGCCCCGACAGCUGUGGAGUCUGCGGUGGAGAUGACUCCACCUGCCGCCUGGUCUCAGGGAACCUCACGGACCGCGGAGGCCCCCUGGGCUACCAGAAGAUCCUGCUGAUCCCCACUGGGGCCUCGAGGCUGCAGAUCACCCAGCUGCGGCCCAGCUCCAACUACCUGGCUCUUCGAGGCCCUGGGGGCCGCUCCAUCAUCAACGGGAACUGGGCUGUGGACCCUCCCGGGUCCUAUACGGCUGGCGGGACCACCUUCCAAUACAACCGGCCCCCUCGAGAGGAGGGUGCUGCGGAGAGUCUGUCCGCUGAUGGGCCCACCACCCAGCCUGUGGACGUCUAUAUGAUCUUUCAGGAGGAAAACCCAGGUGUUUUCUAUCAGUAUGUGAUCUCUUCACCUCCUGCAGCCCCUGAGAACCCCACGCCUGAGCCUCGAACCCUCGAGCUCCAGCCAAAGAUCAUGAGAGCAGAGCCUCUGCCUGCCUCGGUACCCCGGCUGGCCCGCACCCCUGGCACCCUCCACCGCCAAGUCCGCAUCCCACAGAUGCAGCCUCUGCAACACCCUAGGAUGCCCCCAGCGGCCCUGCCCGGGUACUGGAAGCGAGUGGGUCAGUCAGAGUGCUCAGUGUCUUGUGGCAAAGCAGGUGUCUGGCGCCCCAUCUUCCUCUGCAUUUCUCGAGAAUCAGGAGAAGAACUGCAUGAACGUAGCUGUGCUGUGGACACCAGGCCCCCAGUCUCCCAGGAACCCUGCCAUGGGCCCCCCUGUCCCCCCUACUGGGAGGCUGGAGAGUGGACAUCAUGUAGCCGCUCCUGUGGGCCAGGCACCCAGCACCGCCAGCUGCACUGCCGGCAGGAGUUUGAGGGGGGUGCCUCCUCGGUGCCCCCAGAGCGCUGUGCACAUCUCUCCCGGCCCAAUAUCACCCAGCCCUGCCAGCUGCGCCUCUGUGGCCACUGGGAGGUCCGCUCUCCCUGGAGCCAGUGUUCCGUGCUGUGUGGGCGAGGUCAGAGGAGCCGGCAGGUCCGCUGUGUGGGGGACCAUGGUGGAGAAGUGAGUGACCAGGAGUGCGCAGCUGGCCCCCCGAGACCCCCCAACAGAGAGGCCUGUGACAUGGGGCCCUGCACCACAGCCUGGUUUCACAGCGACUGGAGCUCCAAGUGCUCAGCUGAGUGCGGGACAGGCAUCCAGCGCCGCUCAGUGGUCUGCCUGGGCAGCGGGGAGGCCCAGGGUGCAGGAGCUGGUGAGCUGAGCUGCGUACCGGGCAGCCGCCCCCCAGACAUGCGCGCCUGCAGCCUGGGGCCCUGUGAGAGGACCUGGCACUGGUACGCCGGACCCUGGUCGGAGUGCUCUUCAGAGUGUGGCUCAGGCACACAGCGCAGGGACAUCAUCUGUGUGGCCAAGCUGGGGACGGAGUUCAACGUGACUGCCUCCGAGAGCUGUGCCCACCUGUCGAGGCCCUCCACCCUACAGCCCUGCCAGGGGCAAGACUGCCGCGACCGCUGGUUCUCCACGCCCUGGAGCACAUGUUCCCGCUCCUGCCAAGGGGGCACACAGACCAGGGAGGUCCAGUGCCUGACCGCCAACCAGACCCUCAGCCUGCGGUGCCCCCUUCACGUACGGCCUUCCAAGAAGCGCACCUGCAACAGCCAACCUUGCAGCCAGCGCCCCGACGAUCAGUGCAAGGACAGCUCUCCACACUGCCCCCUGGUGGUGCAGGCCCGACUCUGCGUCUACCCCUACUACACGGCCACCUGCUGCCGCUCCUGCGCCCAGGUCCUGGAGCGCUCUCCUCCCGAGCCUGCCUGAAGGGGGAGCAGGAGAGCCCUCCUCCUGUCUUCCUCCAGGAGCCGCCAGCCACCCAACUGCCAACCCACUCUACUCUCCGACUCCUCCCAGGACUUCCCAGAGUGAGGUUGCCUGUGACAAGUGACUGAGAGACUCUCAGAGGGGAUUCGAUGGACGGCCCCCCAAAGUGUGCCCGGGCCUGCGCCGAUGCGUGUGCGUUUCUGCACGUGCAUCACUCAAGAAUAUGAGGAGUGGGGAGGAAACUUUUCUAGACUAGAGAAAAGUAAUCUGCAGCUCCUUUGUAGGUGAGGCUGGCCUCCCCAUCAGCCCCAGCUCCUUCAUAUCCAGGCCUCUUUCUUUCAGUCCUCUGAGCGUGUCCUCACCCCCACGCCCCUAGUCUGUUGUUACCCCCUCAGCACCAGCAGGGGUGGGGGGCAACCACUGCCAGUUGACCUGCCUGAACCCCGAGAGAGGGACUUCCUCCCCACAGGUGGCGCAGCUGGAUGGAGGGUGGAAGAGAGAGAAUCUGAUUUCCUGGCCCCAGAUCUCAAUCCUCACCUCUGAAAAUGACCCCUGCCCCAGAAGUAAUUUAUUUUUUAUUAAAGAUGAUUAUGAUAAAUGAGAAA